ACACAUAUAUAGAAAUUCAAGAUAUAAAAUUGUACAAUAUUCUUUAUUUAUUAAUUUUCCGAUUUAUUUUUUCAUAUUCAUUUGCAGAUAUUUGGGUUGAAGGAGGGGAAGCCCUGUGAUUUUGGUACAAUGAAUACAAAGCUUAAUGAAAACGAGAUAAAUGAAAAGUUACGUAAUGUGAAUUCCAUCGAGGGAUUCUAUUCCGGAACUGGAAUUCUUAUGACAGGGGCGACAGGAUUCGUGGGCAAAGGCCUCCUCGAAAAACUGAUACGCACGUGUUCACGCAUCGCUGCUAUUUUUAUAUUGAUCCGGCCGAAACGUAACCAAACGAUAGAACAACGAUUUAAGAAGUUAAUAGAUGAUCCGGUUUUCGAUGGUGUCAGAGCACAAAACCCAACAAUUUUCGAUAAAAUUCAUCUCGUGGAGGGCGACCUGACUCUGCCAGAUUUAGAUCUUUUGCAAAAAGACAGAGAUAUGUUGAUAGAGAAUGUAAACAUAGUAUUCCACGUUGCGGCCACUAUAAAUUUCCAUCUACCAUUGGAUAUGGUCGUCAAUGCAAAUGUGAAAGGUACCGCUAAUAUUAUCAAACUGUGCAAGGAACUCAAGCAUGUAAUUAGCGUUGUCUAUGUGAGCACAGCUUACAGUAAUCCGAAUCUAUCAGACAUCGAGGAAAAGGUCUACACCACGAAUCUAGAUCCUUCUCUCGUGAUAGAUAUAUGUGACCGACAAGACAAAGAAUUGAUUAAUCUGCUCGAAGAAAGAAUUUUAAAGACGUAUCCAAAUACAUACACGUUCACCAAGAAUCUUGCAGAGCAGACAAUAUCCAACAAUAGCAAAGGAUUGGCUGUUGCGAUCGUACGACCAAGUAUAAUUUGUUGCUCGCUAAAAGAACCGUGCCCUGGUUGGUUGGUAUCUUUUGCUGGACAAUCAGGUAUUUUUAUAAAUAUUUACAAUGAUAAUUCCUCGUCAUUUCAUAUCUCACUCAUAUCGCAAAUAAGAGCGUUUCAUUACAUCCAAGUAAUUCCGAAUAAUACAAGUCACUCGUAUCACAAGACCUUAGCUCUCCAUAAUUUUCAUAACAAUGAAAGAAAUCAGCAAUAGAAUAAAACUGUGACAAUUUUUAACUCGCACAUUCUGAAGGUUACGUAUAUGGAAAUAUACUGAAGUGAUAUGUCGUGAUAGGGUCGGAAGGAAAACUCAGAUUUAUUCAACGAUAAAUGUUUAUUCACUGUAAUGUCGAUGAGUACACUUGACGCAGGACUCGCGAUUAUAUUCGGUUCGCGAAUGCACGGUUACAAGUUAGAGCUCGGAUAGCUAUGAUUCGAGAUGCGCUACUGUAACAGACUGACUUUCCGUCACGAUGCUGCUGCGAAGGAAAACUGUGUUGGGAUGUGUCUGAAGAUGCGAGGGCAUCGGAUUCGUUGAGAAAAACUUUGGUUCGGAAAGUGAGGGAAAUGUACGUUAACGUUUACUUAUUGACUAAUUCGUGUUGGUCGUUGGAAAAGGAUGCUAGCUGCCCUUGAGAGGGUGUUGCUAGCGGGAAGCGUCGUACGUGCGAGAUAGCAGAUUUCUUGUGUGUUCCCGUGGUAGGUGGUCGACUUCGAGGCUGAUAAAUAAAGACUGUUUGUCUCUUUGGAGGACCUUAGCUAAAAUAAAUUCUAAGAUUUAUAGCGGCCCUUAGGCUAGCUGGAAAUAUUCGGUACGAAUGUAUCGACAUCUGGCAAUCAUCUUGUCCGCAGAUAUAGGGUCUUUGUGUCG